AUGAUGAAAGACGGGCUUACUGUUACCCCGUUUCCACAAUUGUGCGUGUCGAAUACCGAACGGCAAGAAAUGAUCGAUCUCGUCGACAACUACGUGGAGGACUACAUCGAUAAGUACAAGGACUUUGUCGUAAAUGACAAAUGCAAAGUGAACAAGCGACGAUGGCAGCAUGUCAAGUCCCGAGACAAGUUACACGUAUACGCUAAGCGCACUCCAAGAGGUCUCGGUCGAAGAAGUUCAGUACUACGAGCCUCCCGAAGGUCAAGCCAGCGACACAAUACAACCGCGAAGGAUAUGUCUGUGCUUCUUGGCGUUGGCACAUUCGCUGGAGAACUCGAAGACCUCAUGUUUGGGGUCUUAAGUCCAACUCUGGACUCAAUGCGCAUCAAAGCUUCGUAUGUACAAGACUUCGACAACGCUGCUGUGUUGUGUUCAGUGGUGGAACCUAGCAAAGAGGAACCAUUCCAGUCUUUGGUGAUUAAAUGGAUGUCAAUCGACCCUCCGCUACAAUCUGCCAAACUCUCCAAGAGCAGAGAUUUUGUCUUCAUCGAGGCUACAGGAAUCGUAGAAUUCGAGGACGGAGACUGUGUCGGUUAUCAUUUUUUACACUCUGUCGACUUUCCUAAGACAGGACUUCUGCCGAAUAAAAUACGCGGGAAUUUAUCGGCCUUCAGCUGCUUCCGACAAAUUGGUCCCAACACAAUUGGUAAUUUUGCGUGUGCGACUGUCGAUCCUGGAGGUGAAGCAAUACGGUAUCUUUUGACUUCCGUUGUGGCGAACUUCCUUCUUUCCGCUACGAAUUACGUGUACUGUGGGCAGAUGAAGAAGUUGGCGUGGCUAUUGCAGCAUCGACGUUCGGUAUUUCAGCGCUCGGAGAAAGAACGGAACAGGAAACAGUGUGUUGUUUGUAGGAAGAAUACCGGCAAUGUCAUCGGAAGCAUUGGCCGGAGAGCGUGCAAGUUGUGCGGCGGGGAUGUGUGUUAUUCGUGCAAGAUUCAUCAACGUCUCAGCUUUCUGUCGCUGAGUGGCGAGUUGGUCCAGCGAAAAGUUGUAUUCUGUGGGAUUUGUGUUAGUGCCUCAACGUAUAUGGAUGUGUGGGAGCCGGCUACUCACGAUGCCAAAGAUUUUGAAGCGCGUUCGGCAUUUACAACGUCCACGGCGUCUUCGACGUAUACUUUUCUGGACUCCUUAACAUCCUCACUCGAUGAAAUAGAGCUGUAA